AUGUCUUUCACAUCAUCUUUGUCUGAUAUCAAGAAAGAAGCAACUCACUUCUCGACAGUCGAGUUGACCUCUGAAUCUAUUCAGUCAUGCAGCAGCUCUGAUAUUGAACAAGCAGAACAGACCGUAGAUGAUGUUCCUAACGGUGGACUGGUUGCUUGGUUGCAAGUCUUGGGUGCAUUCUUCCUCUGGUUCAACACUUGGUGA